UUAUUAAAUGUGUUUCUAAACCUUUCAGAAUGUAUAAUGUUUGAUCAGGAUUGUGGUCCUCAUGAGUCUCUAGACAUUUAAAUGUGCCUCUGUUUAUCACCGUUCAGUUGUCUCAUGAUUACAUUAUAAAGCCACCAGGCCGAGUGCGGUUCCACUACUGAUGCAUCACCUCCCCACCCCCCACUGGCCAGGCUCCCAUGUGAAAGUUAAUGUGUCUGUUCAUCCUACAGGAAAUGUGCAGCCUUCCAUUAGCAGGAAUAAGCAAUGACCACUUCCCGAACACUACCGACUCAUCUCACUUUCAUAAAGGCAACUCUGUGUGAACGCAACUGGAAGAACCAGAUUGUUACGAAAUGUUUGGAGCAUGCAACACGGCCACAGGGGUGGCCACAAAACUGAUUCUGUUUUUAAAUGCAUGAUGAUCAUGAUGAUGUAUUUUUCACUUUAUUCCUUGCAACUGGCGUAUCAGUAAAAUCAGGUCAGCUGGCGUGACAAAAUUCAUCAUUCUAAAAAUUCCGUUGGGCGCUGCACCACAUUCAUCUGGUUUAGAAGCAUGCGUCUCACAAAGAGGACGUGAAAUGUGGAAUGGAGCAGGUGAGGGGGUCAUUCCUGUGGGACUGGAACAGAAAAGCGGACGUGAACACUUCCCCAGCAGCUCUCCUGCCUGCGGCGCUUUGUUUUACAUGUUUGAUCAUGUUCUGUUCUGUAACAGACGUCUGCAGGUCCAGUAAUGUGGGUUAAGUAGCGGCCUUGAGUGUUUUCCACAUUACAUAUCUAACUAAUGACAGAUGAUUGUGAUAAGCACAUAAACUAGACCAGUGAGAUAUUUCCUGAACAAAAACACAUCUGGAGAAGGAAUGUUGGAGGACAGAGAAGCGAGUUUGGACUGAAGUGAAAGGAGAAUAAAGCACAGCGUGGCUCUGAUUGAAGGAGGAGUCUGGAACUAAAGCAGAAAGCAGACAGCCAAAGGGAGUGGCACAAAGCAGACGAGCUUGUCUUUCGGUUGAGACGAAGAGGAAAAGCUGCAGUUGUUCCUCUUUCUUCUUGUGUUUUUCUUGUGGAACGUUUCAGAACCUCCCGGCCGACACCAUGGAUAACUUUCAGACCGUUCUGCGCUUUUUCAUGAACCAGAAAGCCACUAUUGGAUACAGCUUCAUGGCACUCCUGACUAUUGGAGGGGAGCGACUUUUCACAUUGGUAUCGUUCCAGUGCCCAUGCAACCACGACCAGAACUUUGCAUACGGCAUGACUUUCCUGCUGGGCCCGGCUGCGGUGCUUUUGGUCCUGGGUCUCUUCGUUAAUAACAGGCUAUGGAGGCUCUACACUGGCUGUUGCCUGAAUCCCAUGAAGCUCUGUCCUCGUGGAAACUGUUUGGGCUGUUCCAGGGUGUUGAUGAGCAUUAUCUCUGGGGCUUGUGUGGCUCCUGUUAUGUGGCUUUCCGUGGCUCUGCUCAAUGGGACCUUUUAUGAGUGUGCCAUCAGUGGUUUGGAUGAAAACCUGGUGGUUAAUCUGUUCUGCAAAAACAAGACCAUGAACUGUCCGGAGGAACUGGCUCGAGUGCCAUGUGAUCGGUCCAAACUCUCGAGUGACGAGCGUAUGGAGUUGCUGUUGAUGCUCAGGGCUCAGUCUCAAAUUUUGGGCUGGACCAUUAUCAUCGUUUCUGCCGUUGUCGGCCUGGUGGGAACUUGCUUUAAAAACUGUCGUUCCAGAGUCAGCUACCUCCAGCUCACAUUUUGGAAGCGUUACAUGGAGAAAGAGAAUGAGCGCUUUGAUGCCCUUUCUGUAGAAUACGCAAACAAACUGGCAGAGAGAAACCUGAAAAGCUUCUUUGAGAACAAUAAACCGGCACCCAUGCCAUUCCCCAACCACAAGGCAUGGGAGGAGAUCUCAGCCUACUACACGUUUUCCAGUAGAGAACAGUACUACAGUAUUCUGCAGCGCUAUGUGGAGACAUCAGACUUCCCACCAGAGAGAAAACCCAUCCUGGAGUGUGAAACAGCGACGAGCUGAAGCACGUUAUACCAGAUAGACUGAUGUAUCUGAUGCCUGUUUGGCCCGUUUUUUUUCCUGUCUCACUCACUUUUAUUAAUAAAACAUACAAUUUUGAACAUUUUUCUGUUAAAUAAAACUUCAAAUAUUAAACUUCAACUUCAACAGAGCCA